AUGACUGCGGCACAGCAAAGCAGAGUAUCUGUCACAACUGCAUUACCGAACAAAUAUCCGUCGAUAAUUGACACUGUUUUAACCGAAACUCAAUGGUUGUCAACCAACUCAGGGAUGGUGCUUUCAACUGACGAUAUGAAACUCGGGGAUAUUUCUCCGACUUGUAUUUUCUUCAGUGGGGAACAAAAAGAAAGAAAAGAAUCGGAUGUUCCGUAUACAGCGCACGUUCCAUUCAUCGUAAAAGGUCCUUAUCGAUCCAUGUCAAUUGGAAGAAAGGAAGAUGGAAUUUUUUCCCCCUUCCGUUCUGUUGGGAAUUUUGUUGAGUUAAAGGCGGGACCCCUUGUCUUGGCAUCAGUGGUCCAGGGUCGGAGGAAGAAGUGGAGACGUGGGAGGGACUCAGGGAGUUGGUUCCCGAUUUGA